CAUAUCAAAGUCCGCUGUGAGAUAAAGAGGCAACAGUCAACGCCUUUUGGGCAGUCAUCAUGAGCCAAACACCAGCCACCACUGAGCCACCUAGCAACAGGCCUGAAGAGAAAGUCCUUGUCUUAGAUGUUCCUGACAUCAUUGUUGUUGCAACUUAUUUCAUCUUUGUCCUUGCUGUUGGAAUAUGGUCUUCUAUUCGAGCCAGUCGGGGAACAGUUGGAGGCUAUUUCUUGGCUGGAAGAUCCAUGACAUGGUGGCCUAUUGGAGCAUCUUUGAUGUCAAGCAAUGUGGGCAGUGGCCUGUUUAUUGGUCUAGCAGGUACAGGAGCUGCAGGAGGCCUUGCUGUUGGAGGCUUUGAGUGGAACGCCACCUGGGCAUUAUUGGUCCUCGGCUGGAUCUUUGUGCCAGUUUAUAUCUCUUCUGGGGUGGUCACAAUGCCUGAAUAUCUGAGGAAGAGAUUUGGAGGACAGAGAAUUCAAAUCUACAUGUCUGUACUGUCCCUUAUUCUGUACAUAUUCACCAAAAUAUCAACAGAUAUUUUCUCUGGUGCACUUUUUAUCCAAGUCUCUCUUGGUUGGAAUCUUUAUCUCUCUACAGUGAUCUUGUUAGCAGUAACAGCUGUCUACACUAUAGCAGGUGGUUUAACUGCAGUAAUUUACACAGAUGCUCUGCAAACUGUGAUUAUGGUGGUUGGAGCUUUGGUUCUUAUGUUUAUAGGCUUUGAUAAGGUUGGAUGGUAUGAAGGACUGCAAGAGAUGUAUAGUAGAGCAAUACCUAGUGUUAUUGUCCCAAACACUACCUGUCAUUUGCCACGGCAGGAUGCAUUCCAUCUCAUGAGGGAUCCUGUCAAUGGGGAUAUUCCAUGGCCAGGGCUUGUGUUUGGCCUUUCAGUUCUUGCUCUUUGGUGCUGGUGCACUGAUCAGGUAAUUGUGCAAAGAUCGCUCUCAGCCAAGAACCUCUCUCAUGCAAAAGGCGGAUCAGUGUUGGGCGGAUAUUUGAAAAUCUUCCCAAUGUUUUUCAUUGUUAUGCCAGGCAUGAUCAGCAGAGCUCUCUUCCCAGAUGAGGUGGGCUGUGUAGACCCCGAAAUCUGUGAGAAGAUCUGUGGAGCUAGAGUGGGUUGUUCAAACAUUGCCUACCCUAAGCUGGUAAUGGAGCUCAUGCCUAUAGGCCUCCGUGGUUUGAUGAUUGCUGUGAUGAUGGCUGCCUUGAUGAGUUCUCUCACUUCAAUAUUCAACAGCAGUAGCACACUUUUUGCCAUAGAUAUUUGGCAGCGACUCCGCAAGAAAGCCACCGAGCAGGAACUCAUGAUCGUUGGCAGGGUGUUUGUUCUAAUCCUUGUUGCCAUUAGCAUCCUCUGGAUCCCCAUCAUCCAGACAGCCAACAGCGGUCAGCUCUUUGACUACAUUCAGUCAAUAACCAGUUACCUAGCGCCACCCAUCACUGCACUCUUCAUCCUAGCAAUCUUCUGCAAGAGGAUCAAUGAGCCAGGUGCUUUUUGGGGUCUGAUGUUUGGGUUAGUAGUCGGCUUCAUCCGAAUGGUUAUGGAGUUUAUCUACAUGGCACCCUCUUGUGGCGAAGAAGACCAAAGGCCAUCUGUGAUGAAAGAUGUUCACUAUCUGUACUUUGCAAUCAUCCUGUGUGUGCUCACAGCAGGUGUUAUUAUCUGUGUUAGCCUCUGCACACCACCAAUCCCAGAAGGAAAACUCAGCCGAUUAACUUGGUGGACUAGGUACAGCAAAACACCUGUACGAGAUGUGGAGAACGAGCGCUGCCAAAACACAGACAUGUCUUCUACCAAAGAGGAGAAUCAUUUGGAUACUUUGCAGCCAGAGAAUGGAGAUUUAGUGCAUACAGACCAUAGUGAAGUGAAGCAUUCUUGUUGGAAGAAAGUAUGUUUCUGGUUCUGUGGAAUUUCUGUCAGCCCCAAGAUCACUUUAACCAUGGAGGAGGAAGCAGCCCUUGAAAAGAAGCUUACUAGCAUCAACGAAAAACCUCUCUGGAAAGCUGUCUGCAAUGUCAAUGCUAUUGUUCUCUUGGCUAUCAAUAUUUUCUUAUGGGGCUACUUUGGAUGAGCCCAAAUUUAUGAGACAAUGCACAAGUAUUUAUUGGACUUGGCUUUAUUUAGAACAGAGAUGGGCAUUGGCUAAAAAGAAUGGAUUAAUCCUGAGGAAACAAAUUCCAAAUCCUUAUUCAUAUAUGGGCCUACCCAGUGGCUUUGGGCAGGUCCUUGUCUCCCAUAAAUAAGAAGAGAAACAACCUGAUCUACCUCAAAAGGUUGAAGUAAAAAUAAAAAAAUAAACCAAUUUACAUAUC